AUGAAAACACCUAGACGGAAGCAUUAUAAAUCAACAAAAUAUAGCUCAGAUGUGUACAAUAGGGAAUCAGGUCCUUUGGAAAUAGGAGAGCUAGAGACACCAAGAGAUCGAAGAUCCGUCCCAGUAGCAACACUUCGAUACCUAGCAGGCUCCAAAUACCAAACGAACAACGCAGAAGGUUCCUGUGCUAGCGAAAAUUCUGACUAUACGGAUGCAAGAAGCGUCGAAAGCGAAACGGAUCCCGAUGGUCCGGCACCAUACUAUUCAGAACGCUCCAUCCAAAGGAGCAAUAAAUCGUCACAUAAAUCAUCGGAUUUAAAAACGUUAAAUUUCAAAACUAGUAAAUCAAACAACCCAAACACAAGUAAUAAUUUUGCAAGAGAGUUCAUCCUGAGGUAUGCAACAAACCUGGGCUCAGAUGUCCAGUAUUACCAAAACUACAAACCUCCACAAGAAUCGCCUUUUCAUAACAUGGACUAUAUCCAUGCUCAUUUGUCAUCAUUUAACCCCAACUUUAUCAAUUUCAACUACGGAAGAGUCGGUUACACAACAUAUAACCCUCUAAUCAAUAGAUACCCAGAUUAUUGUCCAACUUAUAUCAACAAGUACUCAUCGAGUUAUGUAAACAGAUAUCAAGACUAUGGUUACGCAAGACCAGAAAACCACUAUAGAACAAACUAUAGUUACUGUAACAGACAUGGAAACUUUCAUGGAGUUCAUGAAAAUUAUCUGGAAAGACCAACACACAACCUUUCAAUGUAUUCCAAUAACUACCAUAGACUAAACCACAACAUGUCCACAACAGACUAUAGAACAAACGUUAACUACAGCGUAAGCGAUUACGGACCGAACUGUUCACAAAUCCAGAACGAUCAUAAGUAUUAUCUGGACAAGUACGGUUAUCCACUGGACAACCAAGAGAGAGAAAGGAAUUACAUAGAAGAUAGCGCCAAGAAAACAAGUGACCAUGAGACAAAAGAAAGUAAAGACCAUAGAGAAAGAGAGUACAAAUACAAUAACAAAGAUGAUAAUUCCAAAGAUUACGAAUGCAUCGACUCUGAAGCAAUCAAGGCAGUAGUGGAAAAGGCAGUUAUAGAAGCAUUUGACAAGUGCCUGUCAGAAAAAAUUAAGGGUGAAGAAACAUGUCUAACAGACUCAGUAAACCGAGAGUACACUUUUGAUAAAAAUGACACAACACUAACGUAUCAGGAGCAAAGUCAACUUUAUUCCCGUGAUUAUCUCCAAAGACUCACAAAUGACCAAAAUAACCAGGGAACUUCGGAUAUGAACCGAUAUGGAAAAAAUGAUUUUAAAGAAAAUAAUGAAAAUGAUACCCAUGGUCUAAAACCAUUUGAAAAAGAUUUCUCAAACGUGGAGAAUCGAGAAUAUUCUAAAGAUAAAACAGUUGAAAGCAAUAACUUUGAGUUUAAAAGGGAAGAUAAUUUUCAAAAUUCAACAGCAUACGCAAACACACAAGAAAACCCAUAUGUAACUGAUCAUAUGAGCCAGAAUGUGUAUGAGGAGAUUUCAUAUGAGAAUAAAACUGAUGAAUUUGAUAGUGAAUCGUUUAAUUUUCAAUUCAACAAGGGGAGCCAAUUUGAAUACAAUUUUGAUGGAGUUGAUUUGUUUUCAAAUAGAGACCAAACAGAUAGUUUAUUCUACCCAGAUGAAGAACAAUUCAAUAGUUUGAAUAAUAAUGUAGCUGUAAGAGAUGACUUCGCCGUGGGAGAAAUGUAUGAUAAGGAACAACAAGAUAACUUCUCGGAACAGUUGACCAACCAAGAUGAUAAAUCGGAACUCUUAUGCUCACAAACGUUUGAAGGAAAUGAUCUAGAUGAUAAAAAUUUUGAUCAAACAUACACACUUGGAAACUGUUUCGCCAAUUUCAACUCAUCCAGGGAUGAUUUUUUUAGAGCUAAUUACAAAGAUCUCAAUAUGUCCAAUAAUCUGGCAGGCUCAAUGCUUAGUGAAAGUGAUUUGGAGGAAGUGGACAACAACAUGAGCCAUAAAGCUAAAAGUUUCUACCCCGAAAACAGCAAUUAUCUAGAAUGUAAAAAUCCAGGAGAAAAUAUUGGUCCAUUAUCAAAGCAAAAGAGUAAUACUUUAAAUGCUCCACAAAGGAAGAUGAAAGCUUCCCCGAAAAUGAAAAACAUGUCACAAUUCAUUGAAGAGAAACAAACGCCUGAUUCAACCACCUCAUUUCGAACCAGAAAUAAUUUUAAUCUCCUCUGUUACAAAAAUCUAGAUGAAAGAAGAGGGAGGGAACUCCACGAAGCAAGUUAUAAAUAUCAACCGGAUGCAUCUAAAACAGUCAGAUCGAGCUUUUCUGACCCUUUGUAUAGAAUAAAUUCUCCAUACCUCAAACCCCAAACAGCAGAUUCAGAAAGUAAUCAGCCUGAAUAUGCACACGAUUAUAAUUCAGAUAUCUCAAAUUUCAAAAAAUCACAAUCUGGAAUGAGUCAAGAUUCACACAUCUCAGCAAGAGUGGACCAACUCGAAGAAUGUAUAAAAAGUUUCGAGUCCUCACUCAAAAACAUAUCCGAACAGUUAAAUAAAUCACGGAAAAAGGUAGAAUCUAGUCCUGAUUCUACAUACCUCGAGUUAACAUCGUCACAAAAACUCACAAAGCCAGAUCAUGUAUCUGAACUAGAAUAUAUGGAAGCUUAUAAAGCAGCAUCAGCUAUUAAAAAAUUGCUCCACGUCAAAUCUAUGGGAUCCUUGAUCCCAGCAUUCACAGCAUUCGUGCAAAACAGAAAGGGCUGA